AUGAUGGGCAUCUUGCUGCUGAUCGCAUUGUGUGUUGCAUCAACUGUUGCCCUUGUGGUGAGCGACCCGGCCAAACUGGAUGUGGGCCGCUUCCAACGAAUUAGUACUUUCUUGGAGGUGGUUGUAGGCCUGCUCCUCGGCUUCUUCCUCUCAAGCUCUGUGCAACGAUGGUACAACUGCACGAAUGGUUUCUUGGAGCUAUUUGAUGCAAUUCGCUCGCUCCACAUGCAGCUGAAUGCGCUGGGUGUUCCGAAAGAGCGGGUUCGUCUGUGCCUGCGGUACUGUGUGGUCUCUGCCCAUUGCCUGGACAACGACCUCAUCGCCGCUGCGAUGUCGCCGGAGGACCGUGCUGCCUUCCUCCAGGAUCAGUGGGAAACCAUAGCGACAGAUGCCGAGGAUGGGAGUGUCUUUACGGACAAGUCCAAGAGCUUCGCAACUCUACUUGCCAACGAGCGAGAGAUCCUUGCAAAGAUCGAUGACCCAGCACAGACGCUGUGGGUGUGGGUCACAUCGCUGCUCACCAGGAUGUCAGCAGAUGGGGAGAUACCUCCGAUUCCCACGCCCACCUAUGGCCGCAUCAUAACUAUCGCUGAGCAAGCCUACGGUGGCAUUCGUACAGUUCGGGCCUCCAUCCGUGUACAGCCUCCGUUUGUGCAUGUGCAGAUGAUGGCCGCGCUGGUGCUAGUCAACAACAUCAUCAAUGCAGUGAGCUUUGGUAUGGGUGCUGGCGUCACGGUCAGCAUGUGCUUGGCACGGUACCACGACGUUUCCCACAGUCUCCAAUACUUGGUUGUCAGCUUGAUCUUGUCGACUGUGGGACCCUUCUUGUACCAGGCCCUGCUUGAGGUGGCCGUUUGCAUCGCCCAGCCCUUCACGGCAGCGGGUCACGAUGCCAAGUCUCCGGGAAGGAUCCCGACAGAAAA